AUGGGAAAGUUGCGAGUUCUGUGCAUCCACGGCUACAGGCAGAACGAGGCGAGCUUCAGGGAACGAACUGGGGCACUCAGAAAGCUUCUGAAGAAGCAGGUGGACUUUUUCUUUCUCUCUGCGCCUCACGUGAUCCCGGAGCCGGUCAACUUGGCGCGUCCUGAGGAAGAGCAGGAGAGAGGCUGGUGGUUCUCGAAGCCAGAGCGCAGCUACUACGCUCUGGAGAGGACAGACUGUUGCUUGGGCUUCCAGGCUUCGGUGGGCGUUAUUCGGAAAGCCUUCGAGGAGCAAGGCCCGUUCGACGGAGUAUUAGGAUUCAGCCAGGGUGCUGCAUUUGUCCCCCUCCUGGGGGUCCUCAAACAAAGGGAACCGGCAGGUCCCUUACAGUUCAGAUUUGUCAUUCUGGUGGCUGCAUUCAAGUCUCUAGUGUCGCCUCACUCAGAGUACUACGAUGGAGCUCUACUGGACGUGCCAUCAUUUCACGUGAUAGGUGCCAGUGAUGCUGUGAUACCAGCCUCAGUCAGUGAGGAGCUGGCUGCAUGCUGUUCCAUGGCAACCGUCUACAGACACGAUGGAGGUCACUACAUCCCAGCCUCGGGCCAGCUGAGAGCUGCACUGAUCGACUUUCUAACUCCAUUCUCUACCUCUUGA